AUGGCAUCGAUUUUCCCCCGAAGUAUCUGGAACAUCAUCGCCCUCCCGACGAGGGCCAAUUGGGCUCUCGCUACCAUGAGGCCUCUAGCCCAGCCCAUGGCACGCAAAUUCCUUGCGACGAUGACUCGAGAACAGCCUCGUUUUCGACUAGGAUCAACCGCUCCCAACUUUAAGGCUGUUACUACUCAUGGUGAGAUUGACUUUCACAAGUUCAUCGACAACAGCUGGACAAUUCUGUUCUCUCACCCCGCGGACUUCACUCCAGUCUGCACCACUGACCUCGGUGCCUUUGGGAAGCUGAAGCAGGAAUUUGACAAGAGGGGAGUCAAGAUGAUUGGCCUGAGCGCCAAUGACCUCACCUCUCACGACAAGUGGGUAGACGACAUCAACGAGGUCUCAAACACAAACCUCCAAUUCCCCAUUAUCGCCGACGCAGACCGCAAAGUCGCCUUCCUCUACGACAUGAUCAGCCAAGAAGACCUCGACAACAUAGCCGAGAAGGGUAUUGCUUUCACCAUUCGAUCAGUCUUUGUCAUCGAUCCUUCCAAGAAGAUUCGGCUUACGAUGAUGUAUCCUGCUUCAACUGGUCGUAACUCCGCUGAGGUUCUGCGUGUGAUUGAUUGCCUUCAGACUGGCGAUAAGAAGGGUGUUGUUACACCGAUUGAUCGGUAG